CACAAAAGAAAUAAAAUUGUACAACUAUCGUGACACUAUUCAACGCGAUUUUCCCUUGCAAUUGCUUUUCUAUCCACUUGCUACCUCUCCUUACACAUCGUGCCUGCAGCUCAGUCAUCUAGGCCGGCCCAACGAAGCCUCAUUCGACCGAUCAGUCGAGCCUAGAAGCUUAUUCACGAAUCCCGAGAUUUCUUCUAAAAAGGGUUCCUUUAAAGCUCGACGGACGCGUGUUCUGUUGCUUUUCUCUGUCUCCUUCUCUACUCCUCUCCCACCCUCUCAAUCCCUUUCAAUUGCAUCAAUUGCACUCUUUCCACAAUGUUCAGACCCCAGCUUCUCCGGCAAGCUGCCCGCGCCGUCCAGGCACAAGCUCCCCGAGCGUCGUUCCGAGUGCGACAACCAAUUGUUGCGUACACUCGCCCCUUUUCCUACACACCAGCGCGGUUUGAGAAGGAGCCUGAACGCGAAGACCUUGAUGCUUUCACCACCGCCGGUGAGCCAGGUGAGAGCGGUGACCACGAGGGACAGUACGCCCGUACCCAGGAAAACAUCCGCGUCGAGUACCCAGAGGAAGACGACCUUCCAUCAUCCCAGCCUGUGCAGGGACGUGGAGGUUUCCAUUUCAAGCGCACUCUAGCUGCUUUCUCCAUGGAAGGAAAAGUCGCUGUUGUGACUGGUGGUGCUCGUGGAUUGGGUCUUGUGAUGGCGCAGGCGCUUGUCACAAGCGGGGCCGAUGUAGCUAUCGUGGACAUGAACCGAGACGAGGCACAGAAGUCCGCCCAGGGUCUGAUUGACACUUUCCGAGAGGAAAACCCUGGAUCCGAGAACGUCCCCAAGGUCACAGCACAUUUCUGCGAUGUCUCCAGCCCGACAUCGGUAAACCAGUCCUUGGCCGAUAUUAUCAAGGAGCAUGGCAAGGUAGACAACUUGGUCACCUCUGCUGGAUUCACAGAGAACUACGACGCCAUCUCGUACCCCCAUGACCGUAUGCAGAAGCUAUGGGGUGUCAACGUCGACGGCACAUAUCUCUAUGCCGUUGCUGUGGCUAAGCACUUGAUGUCCCGCGAGUCACCUGGCAGCAUUGUCAUGAUCGGCAGUAUGUCUGGUGCGAUCGUCAAUGUGCCCCAGCCUCAAGCACCUUACAAUGCUGCUAAGGCAGCUGUUAGGCACUUGGCCUCGAGUUUGGCUGUUGAAUGGGCGCAUGCAGGCAUUCGCGUCAACUGCAUCUCCCCCGGAUACAUGCUUACCGCUUUGACCAAGAAGAUCCUUGAUGACAACCCAGAGCUUCAGAAGCAGUGGACUUCCCUCAUUCCAGUCGGAAAGAUGGGCCGUCCUGAGGAUCUCAUGGGUGCAGUCACGUUCCUUUCCAGCGACGCCAGUCUCUACGUUACGGGCGCCGACUUGCGCGUCGAUGGUGCAUACACUUGCACUUAGAUAAGUCAAGCGGAGGUAGGAGGGAACCGAAUAAGGAUUACGAAGCGAUCGACAAUAAUUAUGCGAUGGGAGUUUUAAAACGGACUCGGAGGUUACAGGUACCCCGAGUCCUAGAUUAUAGCAUCUAAUACUGGUGUCCGAGAAGGGAGAUCGAUUGCAGAACUGGCAUACAGUCUGCAUAUCAAAAAUUAUCUACAUGAAAGCUUGUAUCAUAUACCGCUGUGAAUGUGCAAAGUGAUGUGUGUUGUGAUGCCCAAGCGAAAUCAUGGGAGCAUUCCUCACCACUGUUUCUUAGCCUAGGCCGCAGUCGCACGCGUCAUUUCCUUGCUUUUCGAAACGCGUCUAGUCAUGAGAUUCAGAAAUUGGACCCGUGAAUC